CCCGCUGCCAGCAUGGGCUGGGCACCCAACGAGCACACACGCACUGCGAGUACUGCCAUCUCCACCUCAAAGCAGGCUGUAGCACCAAGGUCUGGGCCUCUCCGCCCCGGUGCUCGAACCCUGUGCCAGUGUGUGGUCGCCACUGCGCAAGGAGCGGCCUGAGAAAUGCCAGCCUCUGGGAGGACAGACCCCAAGGGGGAGGACUACUCCACCGCCAUCCUGAAACAGAAGCAUAGACCCAACCGACUCAUUGUGGACGAAGCUCUCAAUGAAGACAACAGCAUCGUGUGCCUCUCUCAGCAAAAGAUGGAAGAGCUGCAGCUCUUCCGGGGCGACACAGUCAUCCUCCGUGGCCGCAAGCGGAGGCAGACCGUCUGCAUCGUGCUGACAGACGACACCUGCGCCGAUGAACGAGUGCGGAUGAAUCGCGUCACACGCAACAAUCUGCGCGUUCGUCUUGGUGAUGUCAUCAGCAUCCAGGCAUGUCCAGAUGUGAAGUACGGCAAGCGGAUCCACGUGUUGCCCAUCGACGACACCAUUGAGGGGCUGACAGGAAACCUGUUCGAAGUGUUCCUCAAACCCUAUUUCCUGGAAGCCUAUCGACCUGUACACAAAGGGGACAUCUUCCUGGUGCGGGGGGGCAUGCGAGCGGUGGAGUUCAAGGUGGUGGAGACGGAUCCCACCCCGCACUGCAUCGUCGCCCCCGACACCAUCAUUCACUGUGAGGGCGAGCCAAUCAAGAGAGAGGACGAGGAGGAGAGCCUCAAUGAUGUUGGCUAUGACGACAUCGGCGGUUGCCGAAAGCAGCUGGCCCAAAUCAAGGAGAUGGUGGAGCUCCCCCUGCGACACCCUGGUCUCUUCAAAACUAUUGGCGUGAAGCCGCCACGAGGGAUCCUAUUAUAUGGCCCCCCAGGAACCGGAAAAACCCUGGUGGCCCGCGCUGUCGCCAAUGAGACUGGAGCUUUUUUCUUCCUCAUCAAUGGGCCUGAGAUCAUGAGCAAACUGGCAGGAGAGUCAGAGAGCAACCUCCGCAAAGCCUUUGAAGAAGCUGAGAAGAAUGCACCCGCUAUCAUCUUCAUAGACGAGCUGGAUGCCAUCGCACCCAAGAGAGAGAAAACACAUGGGGAGGUGGAGAGGAGAAUCGUCUCUCAGCUCUUGACCUUGAUGGAUGGCUUGAAGCAGCGCUCUCACGUCAUCGUCAUGGCGGCCACCAACCGGCCCAACAGCGUGGACCCUGCCCUGCGACGCUUCGGGAGGUUUGACCGGGAAAUUGACAUUGGCAUCCCCGACUCCACCGGACGUCUAGAGAUCCUACAGAUCCACACAAAGAACAUGAAGCUGUCCGACGAUGUGGAUUUGGAGAGGAUCUCCACGGAGACACACGGUCACGUCGGGGCCGACCUGGCAGCUCUGUGCUCGGAAGCUGCUCUGCAAGCCAUCCGUAAAAAGAUGAUCCUCAUCGAUCUGGAGGAUGACACCAUCGACGCAGAUGUGCUCAACUCUCUUGCUGUCACCAUGGACGACUUCCGGUGGGCUCUGGGGCAGAGCAACCCCUCUGCCCUGAGGGAGACGGUGGUGGAGGUUCCCCAGGUCAACUGGGAGGAUAUCGGUGGUCUGGACGAUGUGAAGCGGGAACUUCAAGAGUUGGUGCAGUACCCGGUGGAGUAUCCAGACAAAUUCCUGAAGUUUGGGAUGACCCCAUCUCGUGGUGUAUUAUUCUAUGGUCCCCCUGGCUGUGGCAAAACCCUGCUGGCCAAGGCUAUUGCCAAUGAGUGCCAGGCCAACUUUGUGUCCAUCAAGGGUCCCGAGCUGCUGACCAUGUGGUUUGGCGAGUCUGAAGCCAAUGUCCGAGAUGUUUUUGACAAGGCUCGACAAGCUGCCCCCUGCAUUCUCUUCUUCGAUGAGUUGGACUCCAUCGCUAAAGCCCGUGGGGGUGGAGCUGGAGAUGCAGGGGGUGCAGCAGACCGGGUCAUCAACCAGAUCCUGACCGAAAUGGAUGGCAUGACCAACAAGAAGAAUGUUUUCAUCAUCGGUGCCACCAACAGGCCCGACAUCAUUGACCCUGCCAUCCUGCGCCCAGGCCGUCUGGACCAACUGAUCUACAUCCCCCUGCCCGACCUGCCGUCCCGCAGUGCUAUUCUUUCUGCCAACCUGCGCAAGUCACCUAUCGCCCGCGAUGUGGACCUGGAGUACAUCGCCCGCAUCACAGAGGGCUUCUCUGGAGCAGACCUAACGGAGAUCUGCCAACGCGCAUGCAAGCUGGCCAUCCGGGAAGCCAUCGAGGCAGAGAUCCGCAUGGAGCGGCAACGGCAGACUCAUCCAGACACCGCCAUGGAUGAAGACUACGACCCGGUCCCAGAAAUCCGGAAGGAUCAUUUUGAGGAAGCCAUGCGCUUUGCCCGUCGCUCCGUCAGUGACAAUGACAUCCGCAAAUACGAGAUGUUCGCCCAGACACUGCAGCAGAGUCGAGGCUUCGGCAACUUCAGGUUCCCUUCGGGGUCACAGCCCAGCGGUGGUCAAGGGUCUGGGCAGGGCGGCAGGGAUCCUGGUAACUUGUACAGGGACAACGGAGAUGACGACCUUUACCAGUGAGCGGAGGCGACGGCCGACUCGGGACGAGAUCCCCUCCGUCGACGGCCUGCUGUCCCCGGGCAGCAAAUCCUUGUUCGGGGUGUUAAUCGGCCCACACACGAGUAGCGUAGGCGCCACAAGAGUAUUUAGACAACUGCAAAAAUUACAGUUACCAUAAUGACCUUGCAGCUUCCGGUGUGUGAGUGUGUGUGUUAGGGGUGGUCAUCAUAACUGAGUCUCCACCCUCUCCCUCCCUGCAAACAGUUAUUGUUUUCUCACUGUACACAGUACACCAGCACACGCCAUCUGCGUUGCACUUUAUCUUUAUUGUAUCACAAUUUAGGCUUUUUCUCUUUAUUGCUGUAAGAGAUUAACAAAGUAUGAAGCAAAAUAUGCAGAUGCUCAGGUCUGAAGAGCAGAGCAGUAACGAAAGGCGCUCUGGACUUACACCGAUUGAGGUUCAGUGGAACGUGAAGUGGCCCUGUGCUCAUCAUGGGACGCUGACGUGAGACACUGAGUACAGUGACAGGUGUAGAUGGGAAGAUGGGAAGAUGCCGUUGUUACCAAUAGUCUCACAAUAAAGGGAUUUCAAACUGGGCUAA